UUUUUAGGCCAUUUCGGCCUUGGGUAGAGCUGUAUAUUGGCAGCAGCAGCUCAGGGGUUGUUCAACCCUACUCACGUAACUUCAGUCACCAAACAAGCUUCCACGCAUUCACUCGUUGUGUGCCAUCUCUCAAACUAAGUUAAGGGACCUUAUCUUUAACAGGUGUUCCGGAAGUGAGAGAUGCCCAACAGAACCCAGCAGUUUCGAACCCGAAACUAUUCGACUUUUAGGAUUUAUUUUUAGGAAGGAAUUUCGUUACAAGGCUGGAGUCUUCGGAGGCUGUCGACAACAAUUUGUCGAAUAAGAAACCCAACCAUUCAUUUCGACAUCGGAAAAAUAAGAAAAUGUUCAGUUUUCAUAAACCAAAAAUCUACCGUUCAGGAACCGGUUGCUGCAUUUGUCGCGCAAAAUCCAGCAGUUCGAGGUUUACCGAUUCGGGGAAAUAUCAGCCCUAUUUUGAAGCUUGUUUUCAUCUAGAGGAGGAGCGUUCCGGUGAUAUAUGCAACGCUUGCGUUUUACUUGUCAAACGCUUUCGCAAGCUUCCCACCGGAUUGUUACGGCAUUGGGGCCAUGUAGUCGAUGCCCGGGCCAAUACCAAAGUCCGUCCUAAAAUAUCUAUAGUGCAAAAAACGCACGAAAUAGAGGAUGAAGAGGAAGCAGGAGUUGAUGACGCUGAAGACGACGACGACAUUAAGUUAGUCUCCAAAGUGAUUCGCAAGAAACGCCGAGAAAAACGAGAAGAAAAACAUUGGAACCGUUCACGCAGUAAGAUAACAACCAAAUUAGAAAAUCAAAUGCCCAGCUUUCUCGACCCUCAACUAUGGCACAGGGAGACAGUGUGCUGUGGAACCAUUUUCCGUGGCCCUAUGAAUGCCAUCGUCAUUGACACUAAUAAUUUCCGACCGUGCUUGGCGCGCCGGUCGAGCCGCGAAGAAUCCGUUAGUUCAUCUUCGCUUAGCGGAGUUGCCAGCCCUUCUAGUAGUGGAUCGCCUGUCGCCACUUCGUCGCAAAUCCAUUUUAAGAUGGACACAGACAAGGGGUGUGUUAGUGGAGGUGAAUCAGAGCCAGAAACGGUAGAGUUUGACCAGCCGUUUGAGAGCCAAAACGGCCAUUCCAAAAUGGCCGUGCCGGCCGCCCUUUAGUAAAAUGUUUGAUUUUAGGCGCGCUUCCUCCUUUUCCGCGACGCGAAAAAACUAAACAAAAACCUGAAUUUUUUAUACCCAAAAUGAACAAUAGACCCCAAUUUCUUUGACUGGCCAUUCCUUCUUUUACAAAAAGAAAAAAAGGAAUUCGGCUUUAAUAGUUCAAUUUCGUUACAAAAACACAAAAUGCCCAAAUACCACCCCAUCCCAGUGUUCAUCUAGUAUCGUGUGGUUGGUCUUUUUAUUCUCUCUCUCCCUCAAAGAGAACAAACACAAAUUAGUUCAAAUGUUUAAAUUUAAUAAUUAACACUUUGCGUCUCACGUACUUUACAAAAAAGACAAACAAACAAACAAAAAAAAAGCUGUGUGCGCGUCACUGUACUCUGUGCAGCUUAAUUAAUCAAUAGUCGUGGUUGUGUUUUUUUUUUUAUACGACGUUUGUUACUGCAAUAAACGAGCAAGUAUUGUACCAAA